AUCCAAAAAUUAAUUUUGAUAACUCGACUUAUUUAGGAUAAAUUUACAUUUAAAUCAAUGUUAAUAACAAUGAAAUAAUAGUUUUAAUGCACUUAAUUAGUAGUAAAUAAGAAAUAGAAACCUUUAAAUUAUAGUUAUAAAAUCAUUCAAAAAAGUCCCAGGAACGGAAGAGAAGAUUAUCAACAGCCGCAAACCAACAAAAAUAAAAAAGUACCAUAAACAAGAAGAAAAGUAGACCAACCCGUUCACAAGUUUAAAUAAAAACACGUAUGCAAACCAAUACAGGAAAAACCUAUAGAGCAUAAAAUGAUACCGUUAACGCACAAGGAUCGUAGCAAUCUCAGCUAUCGUAUCAAAGAAAAGCUGAACAGUUGGAAACGUCUAAUAUUUUCGGAUCGUAAUUCACGAAAUCUUUUCCUCUUUCUGUUACUUAAUUUAAGUUUUGCCUUCGUGGAACUCUUUUAUGGCAUAUGGACAAAUAGUUUGGGUCUUAUAUCCGACUCAUUUCAUAUGUUCUUCGAUUGUACUGGCUUAUUGGCAGGUCUGGCUGCCUCAGUUAUCACAAAGUGGAAAGCCAAUGAUAAAUUUUCCUACGGUUAUGUUCGCGCUGAGGUGCUAGCUGGCUUCGUUAAUAGCUUGUUCUUACUCUUUAUAGCUUUCUUUAUUCUAUCAGAGGGAGUAGAGCGAUUAAUUGAGCCACCAGAGGUGAAACACGAAAGACUUUUUGUUGUAUCAGUGCUGGGCUUGCUGGUAAAUUUAGUUGGUAUAUAUGCAUUCCAACACGGCCAUGGUCAUUCACACGGAGGUGGGGGAGGGCAUGGUCACUCCCAUGGCGGUGGUGGUCAUGGCCAUUCGCAUGGUUCAAAUAAUCAUAUUGAUUUAAGCAAUCACAAUCAGCAGACAAUUGCAUUAGAUGUUGGACACGGCCACAGUCACAGCGGAGGCCAUGGUCAUUCGCAUAUUGGAGGUGACGACAUAUCGGGGAGCAAUUCACAAAUUAUGCGUGGUGUUUUUCUACAUAUUUUAGCAGAUACUCUGGGUUCUGUAGGCGUUAUUGUUUCAGCAGUGCUGAUGCAAAUGUUCGGUUGGAUGAUUGCCGAUCCGAUUUGCUCGAUAUUCAUUGCGUUGCUUAUCGCUAUGAGCGUAUUGGGUCUUAUUAAAGAAUCAAUACUUAUACUUAUGCAGAGACAACCAUCAACGCUUGAUCGCGCGCUGCCACAGUGCUAUCAAAAGGUAACUGGUUUGGCUGGAGUUUAUGCUGUACAGGAGCCACACUUUUGGACGUUGUGUUCGGACGUGUAUGUAGGAGCCAUCAAGCUGGAAGUUUCGAAAAACGUAGAUCCCAAAUAUGUGGUGACACAUGCGCGUAUGAUUUUUGAAUCAAUAGGUGUUAAACAGAUCUACAUACAACUGGACUAUGUGUGAUAGAGGUGAUAUAUAGCCGAGUGCAACGAACCGAGAUAUUAAAACUUUUUUCGUAUCCUAACAUAAAGAGCAGAUGAGAACAAAAAAAGGUUAUUUUCAAAGCAAAGAAGAAAGCUCUAUUUUACCGAACUAAAUGUUUAGUUUUCUAACUAUGUUAUUAUGUAUUUAGGUACAUUCACGAAAAAAAAGGUUAGUGUUAAAAUUAUGUUCAAUAUUUUAGCACGCUAUUAUAUCAGCUUUCGUUAUCCACAAUAAUUAUUAUUUAUUUUAUGACCGUGUGAAUGUUCGAAAUAAUUAAUUUGAAUAACAAAAAUGUAUACAUAUUUUUGAAGAUCUUCUUUAACAAAAUAUUCUAAUGAAAUCAUUCCAAUAUAAGAAUCAAUAGAAAGUUGGUUAAUAAUUUUCUAAAUUGAAACGAGUGAUCAAAUCCGUUAAUAACAUCUAUGUAAAUACUCGUAUAAAGUGUGUAUGAAUGUGUAUAAUUAUACAAUAAACUACAAAUCCUGUUUCCAAACAGGAGAAUCAGAAGCGUUAUUACUAAAUAAUUUCCAACUGUGUGUAUGAAAUAAUGUAUUUAAAAUAUUUGAAGUAUAAUUUUCCAAUAAAUUUUUGAAAAAAUCGCAAAUGAUUUAAAUGGAAACCGC